CUCAGUUUCUCAUUGACUCUCACUUUAAUCUCAGUAAUAGUAACUCCCGCUCUCUCUCACUCUCGCAAUUAACUUUCUCUCUCUCUCUGAUUAACCUUUUUUUUUAAUUGUUUCUUCUCAACUUUGACACUGGUUAAUGUCGAUUAAAUCAAAUUUAAUUCGAAAUUAACCAGAGUCCAGUGUUGGUCAUCGAAUAGAAUUUAAAUUUUUUCUUUUUCUCAACAAUUCACCUCAUGAGUUUUUCUCUUUUGUUUACAUUUUGUUUUCUUUUUGAGUUGCACGUUUUUCUUUACUCUUUUGUCUCUAAAUCAUUUUCUCUGUGAUUUUCUCUUCUUUGUUUACUUGUUCCUCUCUUGUAAAUUGUGUUCCAUUCCAAACUAUUCCAAAUUCUGAAUGCCUGAAUUAACAAGGAAUCAACAAUUCUUUCUCCUUCAACCACCACCACACCACCCACACCACCACCACCACCAACAACAACAAUUCCAAUCACAAUUGAAAAGCAAUUCUAAUCACCAAAAUCUUAACUAUUUUCUUCCCUUUCAAUUAAAUUCUUCCACUUGUUUAGCUAAUCAACAACAAGGAAAGCAACAAUAUUGGUCCCACCAGUGGAAUAAUACUAAUCCCUCCAUCGAUUGCUCUUCCUUCACCACAACCACAACCACCUCUUCUACAUCAUCAUCAUCAUCAACACCAACAACAACAACAACAACAAAACCACUAACCAAUUAUUCAACCCUUGAAAACUAUUCAUCAUCUUCCUCAUCUUCUUCUUCCUCCUCUUCCUCCUGUUGUUCCUCCUGUUGUCCAUCACCCAAACCACCAUCAACAAUGAACAUCUAUCCAGUUAUGAGUAAUUUCAAUUACUUUAACUUUGAUUACCAAACCGAUUGUGAUCUAAUUUGUGUCAUAGAUUUUGAGGCAACGUGUGAUAAUUAUGGUGGACGUCGUCCACCUAAUGAUGCAAUCAUGGAGAUUAUUGAGUUUCCAGCAUUCAUAGUUGAUACAAGAACGAGAUCAGUGAUUACUACAUUCCAUGAGUAUGUACGUCCAGUAAUUAAUCCAAAAUUAACCUACUUUUGCACCCAAUUAACUGGUAUCACCCAACACAUGGUUGAUCAGGCUGAUAUAUUUCCAAGAGUAUUGGAAAGAUUUGAGAAAUUAGUUGCCAAUUUAAUGAGAGAAAGAUGUUACAGUUCAUUUGCCAUUGCCACCGAUGGCCCAUGGGAUAUUGCUCACUUUUUUGCUCGUCAAUGUCAAAUUCAUGGACUUGAGUUUCCUGGUUAUGCUAAACGUUGGAUUAACCUUAAACGCGUCUAUGCUGAUUGUUAUCAAGUUAAUCCGAUAUGCCUUGAUAAUAUGCUCAAUUCUCUUGGAAUCCGUUUUGAUGGUCGACGUCAUUCUGGUUAUUAUGAUGCUCUUCAUAUAACAAAAUUAUUAUUGAAAUUAUUUCAUGAUGGUGCGAUUCUCACUCGAAAUGAAAUGCUCUCAUGGGAUACGGUGGGCCGUAAAUGCUGGGGAAAUUUGGACUGUGGUUACAUUCCCAAUGAACCAAUGUACGCAAUCCGAUAUAUAUGAUUUUGGAACUAAAUCGUUAAUCAAUAGUAACAACUAAUAACAAGUGUGUGGAUAAAGCUGCUAAUCCAUUUUGGAUUAAUGUUUUUUUUUCUUCCUUUUUUUAAAUUUUUCCAACAAUAAGUCAUGUUUUUUUUGUCACCAUAUACAAAUCUCUCCCAAAACUCUCUCUCUCUCUCUCUCUCUCUCUCUCUGCCUCUCUGUUUCUCUGUCUCUCUAUUAAUCCCUCAAAGUUAAUGUGUGAAAAUCAAUCAACUCUUAAUUACUAUCCCAAGAGUAAAUUUUGAUUGAUUAAUCCCUAUGAUCUUGCUCCUUAUAUAUUUACAAAUUGUAUCCCAUAUUUAUAUACAUAAUUCAUAUACCAAAAGAAACUCAGUUAUAUAUA